CAGGUUUUUUAUUGUUAUUUAUUUUAUUUUUAUUUUUUUGGGAGGGGGGAUGGGGGGGGGGGGGGGUUUGACGGGAAGUUGGGGAAUGGGGGGGGGGGGGGGGGCGGGGGGGGGGGGGGGGGGGGGGGGGGGGGGGGGGGGGGGGGGGGGGGGCGUAUGACAGGAAGCUGGGGAUAUGGCGAGUAGAGGGGGACAUGGAGAGGAGGAGGAGGAUGUGGCCGAGGAGGACGACGAGAAUAGCGAGGAUGAGGAGGAGGAGGAGGAGCAGAGAUGGGGGAGGAAAAGAGAUGGACGGAGGGAAAGAGGAAGGGCGGGAGGAGGACGAGUGGGAGGAGGAGAAGACAUGGACGGAGAGGAAGGGGAGGACAUGAGGAAGGUAAGGAGACGAGGACGCAUGGAAGAUGGCGAAGUACGAGGAGGAGGAGGAGACAAGGAAGAUGAGGAAGGGCUGGAGGAGGACGAAAAGGAGGAAACGAAAAGGAGAAGGGAGGAGGAGACAUGAAGGAGGAGGACGAGUGGGAGGAGGAGAAGACAUGGACGGAGAGGAAGGGGAGGACAUGAGGAAGGUUCAUCCUAGGACUCUUUCGACUUCUCUGUGGACGUAAUUGCGGUCAGGUUCAUCCCUUAGGCGGCACGCCUUCCUCGCGAAGAAAACGAAAAAUGAAAAACGAAAUGCUGCCAUGUGGCAAAAAGAACUGGCAAAGAUCCUACCGGCACUGAGUCCCUGGAUCUGAAUCAAWCUGACUGGCAAAG